GAUUGAACAUAACCUUAAAAAAAUUGACAUUUAAAUUUGUUUACAUUGUCGGCUGCUACAUUUUUUUUCAUGAUUUUUACCCAUACUAGAGCAUUAGAGUAAUAAAAUAUUAAAAAAUAUUCACUUGGAAUGUCACAAUUGAAAUCUAAUAGAUUUAGAUACGUGUUAAGAAUGACGAGAAGAAAUUUAUUUGACAAAUGAUGAAGAAUCACCAAUUCUCCAUUCGGAAGAUGAUUUUAAGAAGAUCGUACAUUAAGAUAAAUAUUCUCUCUCUAAUUUUAAUUAUUUCAAUUUUCCUCCUCUUUAUUUAUCUUUUCAUGCCCUUUUUAUGUUCCUCCAAGGAGCACAAUUUAUCAAAAUACAACAAAUCAAAAUAUCGCCUUAUCGUUCUCGUUUUAAGUGGUAUUGAUCAUUUGGAGCAUCGCGAUACAAUCAGAAAAACCUGGCUUUCCGAAAAAUAUAUUGAUGUUAAAUACCUAUUUGCCUUGGGGACCUUAAAUAUUCAUCCGAGUCAAAGAAUCACCCUCGAUUCGGAGCAACAGAAAUUUAACGAUCUUCUCUUUUUACCAAAUCUUCAAGACACUUAUGGAACAAUAACAAAAAAAGUUCUUCAAUCUUUCUUCCAUAUUCAGAAUGAGUAUGAUUUUGAUUUUAUUCUUAAGUGUGAUGAUGACAGUUUUGUUCUUAUUAGUCGAAUAUUGAGAGAAUUGGAAAGAUGGGAGCGAGAGGGAACGAAGAAAUAUUUAUACUGGGGAUUUUUUAAUGGAAAAGCACAAGUUAAGAGAAGUGGACCUUGGAAGGAGACGGAGUGGAUAAUGUGCGAUAAUUAUUUACCCUAUGCUCUAGGUGGUGGUUAUAUUUUAUCAUACAAACUUGUUGAGUUUAUUGCCAAAAAUGCAGAACAUUUAAAGCUCUAUAAUUCUGAAGAUGUUUCCGUUGGCUUGUGGCUUGCACCAGUUGCAAAUAUAGAAAGAAGACAUGACGUCCGCUUUGAUACUGAAUACCGAUCCAGAGGAUGCUCGAAUCAAUAUUUAAUUACCCACAAACAAACAAUUGACAAUAUGAGAAAUCUCCACGAAUUUUUUCAAUCAAAUGGUAUAUUGUGUUCGAAAGAAAUACAAAGACGAAUGAGUUACCAAUAUAAUUGGACUGUGCCUCCUAGUCAAUGUUGUAAUCGACAGUCAGGUAUUCCCUAAGUUUUGUUUUUAGAACCAUUUCUAAAUUUUAUCUUGACGUUAUUUAGAAACAUUUAAUAUCGAUUAACUUGUCAUUUUCUAUUUCAUCUGUUAAUUUUUUAUUUUUUAAAUCAAAUUUUUCAAUUGAUAGAAGAAACUUGCUUUGUGGAGUUUUCUCUAUUUCCAUUAGGCUUGUAGAUAAGACAUUUUUGUGAUAUUUAGUAAGUAAUGACGAUUAAAAAUUAGGAGGAAGAAGCUCGCUAUAGAAAUAGUGUGUAUUUUGUACUUGCAUUUAGUAAAAAUAUUUAUAAAGAAAAAUAAAUAACAUUCAUUACUUGAAACAAUA